CUUCUUGUAAAUGCUGUUGCAAUGUGGGCUUCGCCUCGUUAUGCUUGGUAUAUUUACAGACUUCUUGACGAAAUUCAUAGACAAGAACGUGAAGAGAUGGAAAACAAGCUUGAAGCAAAAGACAAAAGCAUUCAGAAAAGAAUACCACGUUCGGUACCAAAAGGAAAGGAAAAGAACUAUAAGUAUAUGAUUUAUACUGAAGAGAUGGAAAAUGAAGAAGAUAAAGAUAUGGUUAUGUUGCAUUUAGUCAGAAGAAACAACAAAAGCUUUUACGACCUUGCUAAGAUUUACAAAUCUGACAGAAAUUGGUUCUAUCGUGAAAACUUACCGAUUUCAAUGACACCGAAUGAAGAUGUGAAACAAAUAGUUCAAGAUACGUUACCUCAAACACACUAUGAUAUGAAAGGUUGUACAAUACUUACAUUCAAAGAAGACUUACCGCUACUGAAAGAAAAAAUAACAGAGUAUUUUGACAACUUCAAACAAGCAGAGUAA